AUGAAGCAACUGAAGCAUACACACCAACAGAGUGUAGAUGAAAAUGAACUUUCAAUGGAAACCACUAAAGAUAAACUAUUAGAUUCAAAUGCCAAUAUAAUUCAUAUAUUACCAAGUUGUUUACAAGAGUUAAUAACCAUUGAUUCUGUUUAUAAUAUUCUAAUAGAAUCAACUAAUGACAAUGACUUAAAGAAUCAAUUAAUUGAUCUUAAAGAUUCAAUUGAUCAUUCUAUAGUAGAGCAAUCAAUAGAUCAAAAUAAAUGUUUAUUAUUGACAAUGAUGUUUGGAUCUAGUUGUAUGAAAGCAAUUGAUAUAGUUUUCAAUAAACAGAUUUAUUGUUGUCUUUCCAUGGGGAUUGAAUUGAACGAUUAUUUCAAUGAUCCAUUGAAGUUUACAACAACCCAAUUUAAAAUAACCAUAACAUCUAGAUCAACAGUUAAUAUGGAAGAAAAGCUAUUGUUGAAAUUGGGAUAUAAAAAAUUACAUGGGAGAUUAGUUCCAUCAUCUGACAACAAUACAUCAACUAAUGAAAUAAUAAUAAGCAGCAAAUCACUUGGUGACUAUAACUCUGUUGAUUUAUAUAAUUGGUAUUGUGAUUGUGAUGAAUAUCAACAAUCAUAUACUGAUGAUAUGAAACCAGUGAAAAUAAAUGGUGAUUCUAAUUUAAUUGAAUGUUUAUUAAGUCAACUGAAAUCAAUUAUUCUUGAACCAAUUCCAAUUUGUUGCCACAUAUUGGCAACAUUAAUUAUAUUGUUUAACAUUGAGAAAUUACAUGAUAGAGUAUUUGUUGAGUAUGAGUAA